GUCUUGCUUGCUUUCACCUAGGCGAGGAAGCGUGAGCGGCGCUGGGGCUGGUGGGGGUGGGAGGGAGGGAGGGAGGCACCGAGGGGGCGUGUCCUGGAAGUGGGCGGGGCCGGAAGAAAGGGAGACUCCAGCUUUUUGCAAGUGGGCAGCGGCAGCGCCAUGGCCGGGCCCCUCAGAAGUCUCCGGCGGUUGCCUGUGUGCUCCCUGCUCUGCCGCUGGCAAGCCCCUCCAAAGCCCAGGCCCCUCCUGCUGCUGGGCUCCCGAGAGGGCCGGGCCCUCGAGACCCCACAGGUCAGGACCCUGGCUACAAAGAAGGCUAAAGCUAAAGGGAAAGGUCAGGUCCGUGUCAACAUCAACACUGCCUUGGUAGAGGACAUCAUCAGCCUGGAAGAGUUAAACGAAGAGAUGAGCUCAGUGGUCAAAACCCUGCAGGAAAACUUCAACAAAACUUUGAGCAUCAGAAUCAACCCAGGAGCUCUUGAUUCGAUCAUCGUUGUCACCAAGGAUGGGAAAUUCCCAUUAAACCAGCUCGCACAGAUCUCUCAACCUUCUGCGCAGCUCCUUGUGGUCAACAUGAGCAGCUUCCCAGAAAGCACAGCUGCGGCCGUCAAGGCGAUCCAACAGAGCGGGAUGAAUCUCAACCCGGAAGCGGAUGGGCUGUUGAUUCGCGUGCCAGUUCCGAAAAUCACCCGCGAACACAGGGAGAACCUGGCCACGGUCGCCAAGCAGCUCACCCACAAGGCCAAGGAGUCCCUGCGCAAAGUGCGAACCGGGGCCAUGAACCAGACGAAGAAAGCCAAAAGCACCACGUCGGAAGACACCAUACGAUUGAUAGAGAAGCAGAUUCAGCAAAUGACCGAAGAUGCCACAGUUGAAAUGGACAAGCUAUUGGCUGCAAAGACGAAGGAGCUUCUUGCCUAGGGUCUCUUUCUCUCCCUCCCUCUCUCUCUCCCUCUCUCUCUCUUCCCCCCCUCCUCAGAGGUCACCACAAGCUGCUUUCUUCAGUAGAAUAUAAUUUUUUAUUGGCCAAGUGUGAUUGGACACACAAGGAAUUUGUCUUGGUGCAUAUGCUCUCAGUGUACAUAAAAGAAAAGAUACCUUCAUCAAGGUAGUGAUGUUUCAACUGUGGGAAGCAACUUUGGGCAGCGAAUCAAAGCUCAGGGCAGAGGAAGGGGGCUUAGCCUUGAGGUGGGCUGGAAAAAGAGAAUUUUGGCUCCCCCGACAGUUGUUACCUUAGCUCCGUCAUCAUCAACUGCACAGCAUGGCCCUGCAGCCACGGGCCCAGAAGCCGUUUUGGAAAAAUUAAGGAUCACGAACAAUCGUCGAUUAAAUGGCCUGUCGUGGCCCUCCUGCCUGAGAAACAGGAUGCUGAGGGACGGGGGGCGGGCUUCAUAAAUCGGUCAGGAAUUUCGUAUAUUAAAUAAAGCGAGUCUGAAUGAUCUGAG